AUGCUAGGCUUACGUGGCUGCUCUGCCGCGGCUGUUCUUCCUUCCCUCAAAGCCUUUCCUGCCUCAUUGCUCCUGCACUCUCGUCUCGUGCACAAUAUAUCACAGCCCCGAUCUCUUGCACUGAGCCGAGUUAUGGCUACCUGUCGAGUCCCUAACAGAUACGUUGCUCGCUCCGACUUGAUAGCAUUACUGGACAGGCUGUUCCCUGGACAGUACAUUGUUACGGUAAGACACUCCAUCGAAAUCAGGGAUGCAACUAAUCCAUCGCAGGAGCAUAGUGACGCCUGGGUAGUAUCAAAUAUCUCACGCGAGCUCACUGAGCGCCUUCAGCGCCGCAUCAACGAGAUUCGAGUCGAGAACGCGGACAGCAAAAGAUUUGUCCCAGAGAGGGAGCUUUACGAUGUGAUGACAAGGGAUGUGAUCGCAAAGGUUGUGGUAGAUUUCACUCCAUUUGACCAUAGCGAAGAAGUGGUUGAUUUCAUCAUCAACGGUGCGCAGAAGGUGUUUGGGGUCCUCGUCUUGAUCGGCUAUGUUGGCUAUCUCGAGCAUUUCAUCCGCAAGGAUCAGUUGCAAGCGCGCCCUGUUGACGACCUGCUUCCUCUUGCCAAGCCUGUGCUGCAGGAGAUUCUCAACGACAACUACAUUGCCGAAUUGUUCCACGAGAAGCAGUGGGAAUUCUGUGUCCCCGUGUUUUCGGGCCGAAUCAUACCACGGGCAUUUGAACGUCAGACAAUCUUGCCCUACCUCGCCGACAGCUUUUUGUCUGCAGGUGGUUAUGGAUCGGUGCACAAGGUUGAGAUUCACCCUUCGCACCGGCCGCAAAAUUUCGAGACUACCACGGUGUUUGUCAGAAAAGAGCUCGAGCUUGAUGACAGCACGUACGAGAAUGAAGUCCGUGUGCUCUCAACGCUUCAGCGUCUCCAGCACCCGAACAUAUUAAAGCUCGUUGGCUGUUACACUUACAACUCCAAACACAAUUUGAUCUUCCCCUAUAUUCCGGACGGAACUCUCCGAAAGUUCCUGAAGCAGGAAAAGCCCCCAAACCUGACCCGCGAAGAAAUGUUUUGUUCUGUAGCUGGUCUUGCUUCUGCGACCUGGGCAUUGCACGAAUUUGCGCUCGAAGAUACCGAGCCUUCUCACAAAGGGCAUCACCAAGACCUUCGGCCAGACAAUAUCUUGGUCGAUGGGGAUCGGUUCAUUCUCGCAGAUUUUGGACUGUCAAGCAUCAAAUCCAUGGAGGAAGUCUCCAAGACUCCAUUCAAAGGUCGUAGAGGCUAUUGCCAGGCUCCUGAAUGCGCCGACCUCGGACAUCCGUACCAAGAACACGAAACGACGCGCGCGACUGACAUUUUCUCCCUUGGCUGCAUCAUCGCCGAUAUCCUCAUUUAUCUGGUCAAAGGUCCCGCCGGGGUCGAAAAGUUUAAUCACAAUCGCGAGUUCCACAUGCCUCCCAUGUGUUACUAUUUGUACCACAAGGGCGAAUCGUCCAAUGAGGCUGUGGCCGCUUCGCUCAAGAAGGUUGCUGAUGAGGAUGGGAGCCAAAGUAUGCGGGACGUUGUCCAGCUAGUCAGCAGUAUGCUGGAAAUUCUUCCCAAUAAGCGACCUGCGGCCGCAGCAGUCACUGCGACGCUAUACCUCAGUAUCAUCAAAGCCUUUGCGGAACAGUUCACGGUUCUUUUUGCUCAGUUUACCUCCUCCUUCCCUGAUGCGUUCAUUGAAGAAGCACGGUUCCAAAGUUGGGCGUGGUCUCAGGACUCUGAACUGUACUCGAGCUCAUCAGGCGCCACCACCACCGCAAAGAUCUUUGACUCUACAAUCGAGAUUCUCCGCCAAAUGAAGCACGCACUGGAGAGCAUAGACGAAAAUGCAUCGGAUCUGGACUGUCGAUCCUUUCUCGAAGUGCGCACGUUAAACACGCAGCUGCUCAACAUGCUUUCACCGGAACGGAGGUCCAGCGCCCGGUCUCGACUGGAGUCUAUCCUGCUGGCAAACAUGGAACCGGGGAGUGCUGUCUAUCAAACGUUGAGAUCGGCAUUUGGUGAUUCUCGGCUUACUCAAAUAGCGGACACGAAGCACUUGGUUGCUCAAGUAGAGGGUGCGACAACGCCCUUGACGAAGCCAUCUUUCAAAAUCAUAUCGGGGCCAAUCGCCUACACACGACAGAUUGGGCAAUACAAAAUCGCCAAAAUCCGCCGUGAUCAGCAUGGCCAGGGCAAAUGGGCGAUUGUCGAAACCAUCCAAUAUCAGGAUCAGCUCAGACGGCAGAGGCUCUUACCACGCAUUUAUGCCCUUUGUGAUCUCCUGACGACCGAUCAUUUGCGACAACAGCUCUGCAUACCGCCGUUCCACGGGCUAAAGGAUAAUGUCGACGCCUUUUGCUUUGAGAUGGUCUAUGACUUUCCGAACGAACACAAAGGAGGGCUGUCUGGACUGAGCCCUCUAUCCCUUCGCCAGUUGUUAACAGAGCGAGAGCCAAGUAAAUUCCCUUCUUGGGAAAGCAGACUCAAACUGGGAUUCGAGUUGGCGGAGUCGCUUGCAGCUUUUCACGACGUGAACUGGUUCCACAAGGACCUUACGUCUUUCAGUGUUUUGUUCUUCCCGACGCAUCAAACUAGUCCGUCGGCCAGAGCGAGUCGCCCAUACCUGCUCGGCUUCCAGCACAGUCGGAGUGCCAUUGACGACUUCACGGAGGGACCGUUGCAGGAUAGAAAGCAUCAUCGAUACCACGAUCCACGGUAUAUCUGCGUCGAAAACCAUCAGUUUACGCGAUUUCGCCCUCAGUUCGACUACUACAGUCUCGGGAUUUUGCUCGUUGAGAUUGGCUUUUGGGACACCAUUGACGCCGUGAUGGACGAGUACAAGAACGAAGAUAAUCAUGUGUUCUCGGCGUCCUUGAUCAAACACAAGCUCCCGACACUCUCGUUUUCGAUGGGUUCGCGAUAUGCGAAUAUUGUGAAACAAUGUCUCACAGGGCUGGGUGAGCAGGCGCCCACCAACCUUCUGUUCAAGCAAAAGGUCGUCAUGCCGCUCAAAUCGCUCAACAGAUUUUAUCCUGCGCAAGAACCAGAACCAGACAGGAAGCGGGAAAGAGAAGGGGAGGGAGAGAUCACCCGUCGCUGA